AUGUCAUCAAAGAAACUCAUCACCGUCUUCGGCGCCACAGGCAACCAAGGCGGCUCAGUGCUCGAUGUCGUUCUCAGCCGUCCAGACCUCCAAGACAGAUACAGCCUCCGUGGCAUCACUCGCGACCCAGAGUCCGACAAAUCCAAAGCUCUGAACGAGAAAGGCGUUGAAAUGGUCAAGGCCGACGUUGACGAUCUCGAGGCUGUCAAGGCCGCCGUGAAGGGCUCAUACGGCGUCUUCGGCGUCACGGACUUUUGGAGCAUCAUGGACAAGGAACGUGAGAUCAAGCAGGGCAAGAACAUAUUCGAGGCAUCGAAGGAGGCUGGGGUGAAGCACCUAGUCUGGAGCGCGCUGCCGUACGCUGAAAAGCUCACGGAGGGAGCGUUGAAGCAUGUGGAACAUUUCGACUCGAAGGCAAUUGUGGCGGAGUAUGCUGAGGCUAAUAAGGGGGCCAUGUGGGUGUCUCAUGUCAUGCCUGCCAUGUUCGGAGACUCCUUGACUCGAAUGACACGAGUCCACGAAGGCCAAGCAGCGCUCAGCAUGCCAUUCCCCUCCGACUCGAUUGCAUGGCCGCUCAUCUUCCCACGCCGCGACUACGGCAAAUGGGUCAUGGGAGCCUUCGAAGCUGGAGAGAGCGCCAAUGGUGCCUUUGUAAAUGCUGUCAGCACAUGGACGACCCCGAAGGAAGUGGUGGCUGCGAUCACGAAGAACGCAAACCGCGACGUCGCUUUCAACGCUCUACCGGGCAACGUAUUCACGAGCAUUAUGCAACAGGCGAUGGGAGAGGUCGUUGGCGAAGAGCUGUCGGAAACGAUGCAGCUCAUUGGGGGGUGGAAUUACUACGGCAAGGAAGCGGAGAAGUCGCAAGGCGAUCAUGAUAAGUUCCUGCUGAAGGACGCUGAGUUGAGCUCGUAUGAGCAGUGGGCGAAGGAGAAUGGGCCGUUCAAGUACGAGUAG